UUUAGCUCGUCGAGAUAUAUAGCUAUACGUAUACAGUCUCGGCGUGCACGUUUUACUUGUGUAAAAGCCGCGACUGGUAUCAUCCUAUCUGUGUACCAUGCUGCAGAGCUGCUGGCAGCAGCUUCGUCAGCCCCACUAUAAUAAAGCAGCACUGCACUGCACAGCAUUGCCGACGAGCUCGAGAAGCAGCAGCAGCAGCUUAAGACCCGGCAACCUGUUAACCUACUUUUACAGGUCUCCUUUGAUUUCGUUAUGAUGGGGCAUUGAAAUAUGAGAGGUACAAUUUGAGCUCGACUUUAUCUUUAAGAAAUAAACAUGAAGACAUGGUUUGGAGUUGUGAAGGAAGGUGGAGGUGGGCCCACUUUUCAUCACCACAACAAUCGAAUGCCAGUGAAGGGAGAUGCCAAUCUAAUAUAUGACGCUUUGUUCUUCGGCACCAUUCUUAUGGCCUUUUUACUAAUAUUCCCAGGUGUACGUAAAGAGAAAUUGUCCACGUUCAUAACAGUUUUGCUGUUGAUAUUCACCGGAUCAACUAUUAAAGUUUCCAUGGAUGGCUCGGCGUGGCAAACGAGUACGACCGACUUUGUUGAUUUCGCCAAUUCCCCAUAUUUGGACAACAUGGAAAUCGCUGGUCACAUAGGAUUAUUUCAUAUUAACAUUACGUUAAAAACGGGUCACUUAAAAAAUGUUGAUGGAGAUUUUGAAUACAAUGAGAGAUUCCAUUGGACUUAUCCCCAUUCGAUGAAGAUUCAACGUGAACAAGUACUCUUAGAAGGAAUUCCUUUUCCUAUAGUUAGCCUCGCAGGAUAUUUUGUUCUCCACGACGGUUUCUCGUGGGGAAGAGUGUAUCGAGAGGCAGGAUACUAUGCAACAGUAAUGUUAUGGGUAUCGGGCGCAUCCUGGUGUAUACUGAUGAUGCUCGUAGUGAUGGUUCCGCAUCUAAGUCCUUACGGAAUGAUAGUUACUGGACUAUGUAUGAUGAUGGUCAAUGUCGUCUACUGGUUCAAUCUUCCAGAUGAUUUGUUCGUCGCUUGGGUUGAAAAUCACCGUCUUCAUUUUUAUUUUGGAUGGAAUUAUUGGCUUCAACUUAUUGUUGGAGGUAUUUGUUUUUUCGUCGGUAUAUUAUUUUUAUGUGUAACUUCAAUCUAUGGAUGGACCUUCUCAACUACCCUUGAAGUUAACCAUAAAGCGCCGUACGACAGGCACACUAGCAAUAACAGAAAAGAGCAUGUAAGAUCAAAAUCCGAGCCAAGAGCAUCUGAGGAAGAGUGUCAAAAGGAAUUUAUACGCCAAGUUAUGUCAAAAUUAGCAGCUAACCACGUAGAAGAUAUUGAGUGCGGAACUGUAAAUGAUGGCUAUAACGCUGAACAUGAUUCAGAAAAUGGACAAACCGAUGAUGACGACUGGGAGACUGAUCUAAGCAAGUGGGAUCACCUUGAAUGUCAUGAUAACUAAUAGGAUAGAUUUUUUAUCAAAUUUUAGUUUUACUUUCUUCAGAAUCAUCAGUUAAGGACAAUUUUUUAUUUAUAAAUGAAUUUUGCGACGAAAAGUUUUACAGUCUAAGAAACUUAAUCUUAGGUAGAAAAUGAGCGUCAAUUAAUUACGGAACUUUUUCGAGUCGGAGUAUUCAUUCUAUAAAGAAUAUAAAUUGAAUUGACAUUUCAAUGUUAUUGGACAGUCUUUUAAACUAAGCAUUAAGCUGGCAACUCUAUGUCUGGGAAUAAGACCCAGACUAAUUUGUGAUAUAUAAAUAUAAUAUUUAUUAAAUAUAUUAAAUAUAUAUUAAAUAUAUAUUUAUUCAUUAUAUUUA